UGAGGCGGAGUGUGACCAAUACUUCACUGAAGACACAUCAGUCAGUGAGGCGGAGUGUAAACAAUACUUCACUGAAGACAUGUCCGUCAGUGAGGCGGAGUGUGACCAAUACUUCACUGAAGACACAUCUGUCAGUGAGGCGGAGUGUAAUCAAUACGUCACUGAAGACACAUCCCGGUGCGUGCGUGCUGCAGAAAAGGCCGGCAGCCGUAUCCUGGACCCUGUACCCGAGCGUUCAUCCAAGAGCAGCUCUCGUCGCAGCAACCAUGCCGGCGGUGGUGGGAGUCACUCCAGUUCGGAACAAGGCUACAUUUGUGACAGCGAGAGUGAGGGCGGCAAGGUGUCCGAUGCUGAAUCUGAUCUCUUCCGCGCAACGAGUAAAGGUGGCAGCGUCGGUGCGAGUGGAGCUGACGAGAGCAGCAAUAGCACAACUGCGUCGAGCGCAUCUGUGGGCGCUGGUACAGGCGGGGGUGUAAGCCUCGUACCUCCUGCAGCUCUUGGCUUAGGUCUUGCCAGGGCACAACAACCAACACCAGUGUCUCCUCCACUGCCUCUCGUGCCUGUAGCUGCUGCUGCUGUAGCGCCUCUUGACGCUGUCACCGCCGCUCCUGCCAGUAACGGACUGUCGCCUCAAGGCACAUCUGUUCCUACCGCUGCAGUUCCUCCUCUUGUUGUAGCUGCGGGUGUACCGACCGCUCCACAUUCAGCAUCUGCUGCGCCUACUGCGGCGUUGGCGCCUCCCCAUCAUUACUUAAAUGCUCCUGCCUAUGGAAGCCGACCUUCCUUCCCACCGACGGCUGCCCCGAGCCACGCAACGUCUCCCGUGGACGUCAAACCUCCGCUGGACAUCAAGCCUCCAGUGGACGUGAAACCUCCCCUCGAUAUCAAGCCGGACCUUAAGCCAGCCUUGCAACAAGAUAUUAAGCCUAAUUUAGCUGACCUGAAACCUGCGUCUUAUCCUGUGAUACCAGCGCAGGCUAAGCCAACCCUCGCGUCUCAUCCUACAGCGCCCGCACCUCACCUCACUCCUGCUCCACACUCUGCUUAUCAAUCGGUGCCUCCAUUACAUCAUCCUGCGUAUCCUCCGCUCUCUACCUCAUCUCAUCCAGCACCUGCUCCACCUUCUCUUCCUCCUCCCCAACACCCAGGGGCUGGUGCACCACCCCCAUCAUAUCCAUACUACCCCCCACACACCAGUGGCACCUACAGCCCCACUGGUAUUGCCCAGAGCAGCUCCCCCGGUGCUCUGGUGUCGUGUACUGCUGGGGCCUUAACAUCAUCUUCGAGUGCCAGGUACAGCAACGGGCCUUGUGCCACCACGACCACCGGCAGCCUCAGCAAGUACAGUGUCGUGUCCCUGGUGUCUAAUGGCUCCAGUGGUGGCAGCAGCAGUACAAGUACCCCAGUGAGUAGCGCUCCUUCAGUAACUCCAUCAACGGGCGUCGUCAAAAAUAAUCACUCGAGUCACCAUUCUUCACAUUCAUCGCAAGGAAGGUCUCCUCAUCCUUCACCACGUUUACAUUCACCUCAUCACUCAUCUGCUCCUUACCCACCUCCUUCCCAAACGUCCAACAUAUCGCAGCCUCACCAUCUUUAUCCGCCUCACUACCCUCCUGGGUAUCCUACGCAUCCCGCCACCACUCGGUCCUCGCCUCACUCAUCCCCAUACUCUCCUGCGUACAACGCCGGUCAUCCUUACUAUCCUCACCUCCAGCCACCCUCUAACCCUGGCCAACCCGUGCCUCAUUACCCUUCACCAGACUCCAUAAAAACAGAGCCCGGCGAACCUCAAAAGUCAUCUUCUUCCUCAAAGCUUCAUCAUCCAUCAUCUGCUGGGUAUCCUCCCUCAUCGCUGUCUCAUAUCUCUCCUCAACAUCACCAUCAUCCCCACUCAUCUUCUCCCUCUGUACCACCUCACUCGCAUCACAAGCACUCGUCCCAACACAGCACUACAAAAAUCAAAACAGAACCUGGACAGUCAAGCGCAUCUCAUUUGCCUCCACCUAGAGGGACUCCCCCCACAACUCCGCGUGGUCGCUCCAAUACUCCCACUUCACACCCAUCCUCGACUGCCUCCUCCUCAUCUCAUCCUCAUUUUCCUCCACAUCCAAGUGGAAGCAUCCAACAUCCCCAGCAUCACUCGGUCCCAUCGCGUCAUUCGCCCCGACACCUCGAGCAGCAGCAGCCGCCAACUGCUCCGUCCUCGCAUUAUGGAUUUCACCCUACGUCUGUACAAUCCCCUAUCACGUCUCUCAGCAAACCAUGGGCCAGCCCCGUGUCGAGCCUGGCGAGCAGCAGUGCGGCGCGACUGUCCAGUCUGAGCCGAGGACCGGCUCCCCCCUUGGGCCUGCCUCCCCCAUCCUUCCCCCUCGCCCCUCCUCCGGUCUCUGCGCCGCUCCCCCCUUCGGGGAUGUUCGCUCCCUCUUCCCUCACCACCAGUUCGCUCUUGCCCUCACAUCUCGCUGCUGCGUCAGAUCCUCUUGUUCAAUCAGAUCUGCUGCGGCGUGAGCUAGAUUCGCGCUUCCUGGCGACGCAGGACCGUUCACUGAGCGGCCUGGGGGCGGGCGCCCUGAGCAGCGUCGGCGGGCUGCCCGCGCUCCUGCGCACCGACGUGCACCAUCACCAGCACCAACACACGCAUGUGCAUCAACACCUGCUGCCACACAUGGGCCCUCAUCCACCUCCUCCCAGCGCUUUAGUUCCUCCAACGGCUCCACUACCGCCGCUGCCAACACCUGCUGCUGCUGCGGCAGCUGCAGCAGCCGCCGCAGCAGCUGCCGCGGCCGCUGCUGCUCCAGCUGGUCUCUUCUCGUCUCCAGCUGCUCCGCCUACUCCAUCUCUGUUCAAGGAAGUGAGCAAGGUGGGGCUGGGUCUGGAGAACAGCCUCUACCGCAGCGCGUCCAGCCUGGGCGCCACUUACCCCCCCGCGCUGUCGUCUCACAUCGUAGCGAGCGCCUCGACGCCUUUCGCUCCCCCGUCUCAUCCCGCACCUUUGGCUCCAAAGAAGACUGGUCGGUGGAACGCCAUGCACGUACGGGUGGCCUGGGAAAUAUAUUACCACCAGCAAAAGCAAGCUGCGGAGAAGGCUGGAGCAGGAAGCAAACUUGCUCCCAAUCCCACCGAGCUACUGCAUCCACCUCGUGGCCUACCUCACGCAUCCUCACCUUCAAUGUUCACUGCCUUGAGACCUCCGAAUCUUCCUCCGCCUCCGCCCCAUUCCAUAAUAGGAGGACCUUCACAGCGAUUUGAACCCACAUCUAUGCUGAGUCACGCGUCUCAUCUGACACCAUCGAUCCCUGGCUUGGGAGGCUUGAGAUAUCCAACCGCUGGUCAGCCCCACGCCCCUGGAGCCUCGCAUCUCACGGCUUCCUUCCACCAUCCCGGCAUGUCGCCGGCCAUCUCCGGCCCUCCUCCAGGCUCCAUGUUCUCCAGAGAAGGAUUGAGUUACCCCACUCCUUCACCGGCUACCGAUUGGAGAUUACGAGUGCCCGUUUCUUACGGUGGCGGCACUCCUUGGAGUCUCUACGAGCGACGUGAGGCCGAAGAGCGCGAAGAGAGAGAGCGCAGGGAUCGCGAAAAGAAGCAUCGAGAAGAGCACGACAGGAAAGAGAGGGAAAGAGCCGAAGAAAGAGAAAGGAAAGCACGGGAAAAGGACAGAGAAGAACGUGAACGAAAAGAAAGAGAAAUGGAGCGCGAAAGAAGAGAAAGAGAAUUGGAUCGGGAGCGUGAGAGAAGAGCGGAACACGAACGAGAAAAAGCCGCUCGUGCCACUGAGGCUGCGACUGUCGUAGCUGCUGCCCCAGCUUUCAUGCCACCUCGGCGAGAAGCAUCUCGAUCGCCUCUACGAGCCCCAGAGCAGCCUCUGGAAAACAAUAAAUCGACAGUGGCUACGACACUUCCUUCAACAACUCCUUCUUCUUCAGCUGCUCCGUCUGAUUCUGUAUCACCACCUGUGUCGGCCCUUGCCACUUCUACUUCCUGUUGUAGCACGACAGCUCAUACUACAACUCCCAGCCCAGCUGUCGUUGCCCCCCAACCUGGACCUGGACCUCCCUCAUCUUCUGUUUCAACUUCCACUAUCCCUUCUGUGCCCACAGUUUCUUCACUUGCCUCGGGAACUCCAGUUAGCGGUACGUCGUCCUCUAUCGUGUCUAGUAACAACAGCAAUAGCAGUAUGAACAGUGUUAGCAGUAACAGCAGUACAUGCCAGAACGUUGUGACUACCUCACCGUGCUCUACGGCUGUCACCACCACGUUUUCUUCUUCCAUUAAACCUUCUCCGACUGUCUCUCAGUCUUCUCAUCAUUCGAAAUCAGAUCACCGACCAGACUCGAGGCCUGCGUCACGGCCGAGCUCUGGUCCUAAUAGUCGUCCUAAUUCCAGGCCGAGUUCUCGGCCAGCUGAUAGUCAUCGUUCUAGGACGGACUCAAGGGAUGAUAUUAUGAUAGUAGGUAGCAAAGAAGCUCCUCCUCGACUACCUCCUCCGGUCAGUAUGUCGUCGCACUCUCUGGCGCCAUUACCAAUGCAUCAUCCUAGCGGUCAGUUAUUACCUCCCCACACCAUGUCCUCUGUCAGCCCUCUGGAUAGAGCGCGAUUAAUGGGGAAUGGCUACCAUCCUGGCCCUUCAAUGUGGAACGAUCCCUUCAGAAGUGUGGACCCUUACAGAGCGGCAGCUGCUGCUGCACAAGCUAAUUCUGAUGCUCUAGCUGCUGCUCGCUAUGAGCUGCUCAGCAGGGAACAUAUGAGAGACCCGCUUAGAGAUAGUCUUGAUCGGGCCAGAGAAGAACAUCUUCUCCGCUCUAAUCCUUUGGGAUCCUUAAUCCUCUCAGAACGUUACCGAGAACACCAGGCUCGUGAGAUGUUCGAGAGAGAAAGACAAUACGCUGCUGCUGGGUUCUAUCCUCCAUCGUCUUCUUCAUUACUCCCUCCUCAUCCUUCACAACAUUUGCUGGGUUCACAAUUCAAAACAUCUUUGGGUCACCCCGGCCAUCCAGGCCAUCCUAGUCUGCACCCACACCCAGGGUUGAGUGGCUUGCAUCCCUCAGUCACCCUUCAUCUAGGCCAUCAUCACAUGGCCCCGGGGAUGCCUCCACCCCUCAUAUCCACUCGACCGCCCGAUAAAAAAGACGAGCCCCGAUGAAGCGAGCGCUCGCCCGGGCUUCCUAACGUAAAUAGUCUUUCAUCGUCGCUUGAGAUCGAGUAAUUUCGAGCGUAUUUUAUUCAUGGCCAACCAAUAUUUAUUACGCUAUGCGGACUGUAAUAUUUGUAUAUAAAGUACAUACUUUAUAAUUUAUUAUAAAAGGUAAAUCUGCGACUGAUCUGACGGAUGUGCUUGUUACGAAUUAUUAAUACAAAUGUUUGUUACU